GUGUGAUUGUGAUAGAAUCCAAAGACGCAAGCGGCUGAAGGCAGCAGCGCCGCGCAGGCGUUGUGGCCUUGUGGGAGAGGAAAAAGAGAAAGAGGAACCGGCCUAGACAAGCAAGCGAGAGGGCAGGGCCGCGGCGUUGCGUCAGAUGGGGAAGUACAUGCGCAAGUGCAGGGGGGCCGCAGGCGCGGAGGUCGCCGCCGUCGAGGUUACGCAGGUCGUCGGCGUCCGCACGAGGUCCAGGUCCGCGGCGGCGACCGGCGGUGUCGCGAAGGUCGUCGCCCCGAGGAGGAAGAGGGCGCCGGCGGGGGAGCCUGCUGCCUCCGUGGGCGCUGGUGGGGACGGCGGAAGCUGCUACAUCCACCUGCGUAGCCGCAUGCUGUUCAUGGCACCGCCUCAGCCGCAGCCGCCGUCGGUUCCGACCCCGGCGGAGGCUGCUGAUGGCGCUGCAGGACAGCAGGGCGCGGCGCUCGCGGCCGGGCUCUCGCGUUGCUCCAGCACGGCGUCGUCGGUGCACGUGGGGGGUCAGCGCGGGAGCCACACCUGCCGCUCCGACGACGCUGCAGAGGCUGGCGGGGAUCACGUCCUGGUGGAUGUCUCGGCGGCGAGCAACUCCGGGAGCGGCCCAGACCGCGAGAGGCGAGAGACGACGCCAUCGAGCCGGGCGCACGGCGAGCUCAGCGAUCUGGAGUCGGAUCUGGCGGGGCACAAGACUGGCCCGUCGCUACCGGCGGCAACGCCGGCUGCGGAGCUGAUCGUGCCGCCAGCACACGAGAUCCAGGAGUUCUUCGCCGCCGCCGAGGCGGCCCAGGCCAAGCGCUUUGCUUCCAAGUACAACUUCGACUUCGUCCGUGGCGUGCCCCUCGACGCCGGCGGCCGGUUCGAGUGGGCGCCGGUGGUCAGCAUCUGAAGCGAGCGUGCGUCCGGUGCAAGGUGAAGCUAGAAAGAGAAAAGAUGCCCCCCCCAACAAACAUAACGGAGAAGAGAAAAACCAAACAAUUAAGCAGCUUUAUAUAGCCUAAGCUAACCACCACCAUUCAUCUCGUCCAAAUGCCUUGCUUUUCUCUGGAGCUAGCAGGAGCGUAGUUAUUAUUUAGUACUACUUUACUUAUUCAGAGGUUAUCUUGACCCCGAUAGAUCAAUCCGCUUACUGUGUAAUUUGUCUCA